AUGGCCCAGAAGGCACCCAAAGAGAAACCGGUUUCUCAGAAGGGCAAAACAGACACCAUAUCCACUACCAAGACCGAUAAGAAAGGCGAUACGUCGAAAUCAUGCUAUGAAGUGCCAGAGAUUGACUGUCCCUCAAAGACUGCAAUGAACAUUGACUCUGCUUGUGUCUCUCAAGUAUGGGGACCUGUCAUUCUUAACAGUAGGAUUGAUACAGCAGAGCGCAUGUAUGCCCGAGAAAUUGGCUGCAUUGUUAUAGCCACUGACUCACUUCGACCCACCGCCAUCUGGCUUCAGUGA